GCAGAAGAAGAAGGAGAAGAGCAAAAUAACGGCUGUCUACGGGUUGUGUCCAGUCGGUUUAUCGGUCAAGCUUUUUUUUUUGACUCCGAGGAGGAGGGCAUCGUCUUUUUUAUGAUUUAAUAUUUUGAAUGCAUCUCACUUCCGUGUUUUGCUACCUCAUCACGAAAUCCUUCAUCUUUUUUCCUUCAUAAAACAUACAAAUAAUCAAGUGUCUCCUCUAAGAUGGCUAUGGUAAAGAGUGGUUGGCUCCAUCGACAAAGCACCAUACUGCGCCGGUGGAAGAAGAACUGGUUUGACUUGUGGGCCGACGGACGCCUCGUGUUCUAUAACGAUCAACAGUGGGGCGACAUGGAGGACGACAUCCACAUGAGGGUCGACUGCAUCAACAUACGCAACGCUGCUGCGUGCCAAGACUUGAACCCAGCAGAGGGGAAGAUGCGUGAGGCUUUGUUCCAGAUCGUGUGCAGAGACGGACGAGUCAUCAGUCUGUGUGCAGAGAGUGCAGAUGACGCUCUGGCGUGGACCAUGGUGCUUCAGGAUGCCAGAAUGAAUGCGGUGGUUGCUACGCCUCAGAUCGGCUUUGCACAGGAAGUGAGGCCGUCUGCUCCUCCCCCCUACUCAGAUUAUGCUCUCCCACCUCAGCAGGUCUAUGCUCCGGGUCCGUAUGGAGAGUAUGUCGCACCUCCACCACACGCAACACAGAUCGUGUACUCUCCUGACGGGCAGCCCUACGCUGUGGCUUACCCUUAUCAGUACCAAGGUGGGUACGCCGCUCCUGGAGUGAACCACGCUGUUAUCCGGGAACGCCAGUGGGACGACGGAGGAGAUGUGGCGUUGGGCAUGCUGGCCGGAGCGGCAACCGGCCUGGCGAUCGGCUCCCUCUUCGCUGUCUUCUAGUGUCUUGAUUAAUGUAUUUAUCUAGUAAGCACACCCCCUCCCCUCCCCUCCCCCCUUUAUGUUUGCAGCAUUCGGCUUCUUCUCUGUGCCAUCACAUGAGUCGGAGUAAAAUGCGUCUUUUUGGGCUACUUCCAUCUAUGAAGGAUGAUUGUGAUGGGCAGUGAUCUGCUCCAUGUGUUCUAUAAACACACAUACAGUAAAUACUGUUAGCACUUUCUCUAAUGUUUCCUACUCUCUCUGUGAUGUCUAAAUAUGAAUGUUAUUUAACCAAAAAGCUAUUACUCCAUUUUUAAAAGGUACAGUGUGAAGCAUCUAGAGUGAUCUAUUGGCAGAGAUGGAAUAUUAUGAAGUAUGUUUUUGUUACUGUACAAGCACCUUAAAGAAUCGCUGUGUUUCCGUGAGCUUAGAAUGAGUUUAUAUUUACAUAAGGAGUCGGCCUGCCGUAUUUCUACAGUAGCCCAAGAGGGUCAAACCAAACACUGGCUCCAGAUGAGGACAUUCACCGAUUCACACUUGUAAACGUCACUGCUAGAUGCCGGUAAAAACCUACUCACUAGAUCUUUAAUAGAGAGGCACCGGUUGAAAUUUUCUCGGCUGAUUCCGAUCUUAUUGAAAAGUCUGACCUGGUCAUUCUGAUCAUCUUUCUUUCUCAGAAUCAUGAUUCACUGUCAAAAAAAAGGGAUAUAUGAUAUAGAUAUCGAUCGGCCGGUCUCGGGUCGUGGCCGAUCAGCUGACAACCGGUUUCGACCGGUGGCCGAACGCUCGGUGUGUCUCUACUCUUUAAAGAGUUAUUUAAAUAACAGGAAAGACACUUCUCCAUUCAUGUACUGUACAUUUCAGGUCAUCACUGUUUGUUUUCUUUAUGUUUGCAAAAUGACUGUAAUAGUCAUCAGUGUAUUUAUUUUUCUUUAGUUUUGUGUUCACCUCUGUGUACUUUACCUUUACUUUGUUUUACUCGUCUGUUUUGGGUGCGAUUACAUGAAGUGGUUCUUUGGCUCCUCGGGUUACUUGUGGUGGAGGCGAGCGCGCGCACGCACGGACACACGCACGCACACACACCCUUUAAAUUUGAGGUGGGAUCUGGUUGUGAUGGAUGUCUGAUGAUGUCACCACCAAUAAGUCUGCAUAAGAGGAACCACUGGAUGGAAGCGAUAAGGGACGUCUCAUUACUCAUGUGUUGUUCAUACAUGCUCUAUUUAUGGUCAUGUUUUCAUUGGCAGUUGAACCAUACCUUACUUUUCUUUUUUGUCAUUUGAAAUGCGUUUGCUUUGAUAUUUUGGUUUUAUUUCGGUAGGUUCGGUGCAGUCUGCACAAACACCAAUCAGGUCGUUCCGUCUCUUGUUUAGUUACAGUUCAGUUUUCACUCCAAAUGACUUGAAUAUCGUCAGAUGUUUUCCAUCAUUCAUGUGAAGUGUGACCGUUUAUUCACUUUGAAAAAGCAACUUCUGCUCAGUAGGAAACAUGUUUGCUCUGCACAUCUUUAUAUUAAUGACACUACGAGAUGUUGAAGAUUUCAUUUAACUGAAGCAAACUAUCAGCUUGUGCAAGCGGCGUAACGAUGAUGUAAUCUUUUGUAUAUUUCUCCUAUUAAAUUAUGAUCUACCCUGCAUUUAGAAUAUAUAUGAUAGUUAACUAACAGAUGUAUUUUCAACAACUAAAUAUAUGUUCACAAAGUUA